GUACAAACACCGACAAUCUCUGCUCGCCGUCCCGUCCUCACAAAUCUCUCCUUGUCUUCGUCACUUCCUCACUGAGUUUAUCUCACCCACGUUAUCCGCGUUUCCCAAUCUUUAUUCACGUUAUUUGUACAAUUUUUACUCGCCACCAUGGCUGAAGAGCAGCAAAAUUCCCAAGGACAGGAAGAAUUUAAGCUUGAGGAAAACGCGCCAAUUAAUGUCAAGGUUGUAAGCUCAACUGGGGACGAGGUUUUCUUCAAAAUCAAGCGCAACACCAAGUUGAGCAAGCUUCAAGGCGCUUAUGCUACUAAAGUCGGCAAGGAUGUGGGCAGCAUUCGAUUUUUGUACGACGGAUCGAGAAUCAACGACGAUGAUACGCCUGCAAGCCUCGACAUGGAGGACAAUGAUACGAUUGAUGUGAUGGUAGAACAGGUUGGCGGUUCAUCUCCUGCAUAUUUGUACAGUCGUCGCCCAUAAUUGUAACACUACCGUUUAUUCGCUUUCCUUGUCAAUCUCACGAGCAUUCAUAUGCAUCGACCGAUACCUUUUGGAUGACGCAUCGCUUAGUGCUUGGCUCUGUCGAGUAAUGCGUUCAUUUCUCUCAAUCAAAUCCCUCGUCGCCCGCUCAGCGUCCUGUUGUUGGGUGCUGUAAUAUAUGUCUGCAGUGCUGCAGAAUCUAUACUCGCUCUAAACACCAAGUAUGCUUAUCUGGCUGAUGGUGUGCUUGUUGAUCCCGU